ACACUCACUAUCACAGUCUCACCCUUUUGCUAAAUCAGACCCAAGUCACCCAACAUCAACACACUCGUUCUCUUUUUCACAGGUUAUCAGUUUUUAAACCAUGAAGAGGCCAUAUCCAUCAAAUGAGCAGGUUGAUAUUAUAUCAUCAGAUGACUCGUCUUCCUCAGACGCAGAGAUGGAAGUCACUACUGAGUGUGAUAGCAAGCAGUCAAUAACAUCUGAAGGUGCUUUGAUGAGGAGGGCAGAGAUGUAUCAGGAGUACAUGAAGCACAUCCCAAUCCCAACACAUCGUGGCUCUGUUAUUCCAUUUACCUCAUGGAUGGGUUUAGGUAAAUCCAUUAAGCAGCUUUAUGGACAACCUCUGCAUUAUCUCACCAAUAUUCAGCUAAGACAGUGGGACAAAUUGAGGAUUGGCAGUGAGGACGAAUUCAGGCCCUUGGAUGCCAUCAUUCAUCCUUCUAAAGCCGAGGUCACCAUAUGGCUCAUUGAAGAAGUUCACCGAAACACCUCAUCUCAUCAUCAUGUAGCCAAUAUGUGGCUAUUGGAUCCAAUGCACCAUGCCUUUGUUGAUUCCAUCUUUCCCCAAUUAGACAGCAGCUCGUGAAUGGGUGAAAGGCCUUCACUUUGCUGUAGUUUGCUUGUUAACUUUGUUUGUUUGUUUGUUUUUUUUUUUUAUGUAAAUUUUUGUUACAGUUCAGCAUGAAAUCAAAAAUAUUUUGUUUGUCA